CAUGCCUACCACCACCUCUGGACUGGAAUCCAGCCACACUGCGUCAGGCCAAUCCACCACUAAUCUUGUGCACCCUUCAACCACAGAGGACUAUGCAGUGUCCAAAUCCAGCCUAUCUGAGACAGACAUCGCGACUCAUUCCCCGGGGAUUUUUGCAUCUUCCCAGACCAUGCUAGAAGUCAAGACCAGCUCUGCUGGGCACACUGCCAUUUACACACCUGCCACACACUCAGGUUUGGCCCAGGUUGGCCCAAGAAUCUAUGUUACAGCAGGCCCCCCCUCAGGCCCAACAUCCCAUGCAGGGCCCACCCAAGCCACCACCUCAGAGCCCACUCACACCAGAGCCACCAGCGGAAGGACAGCUUCCUACCCAUCCUGGACAGAAUCUCCAGGAUUGACCAGCGUUCCCCAAAUGACCCAGACUCGGGGCUCCCCAAGUACCAUUCACACCCCAGGUCUCUCCAUAACCAGAGCCUUGGGGGCCACCACUUCCCCUGUCAACCCUGCUGUUCCCAGCUCUUCACCCUCAGAUACCAGCCCUGUGGCCAGCACAGCCUCUGAGGAGUCCUCUGCACUCAGCACUGAGCCUGUGCAGGAAAGCAGCUCUGAAAGCUCCCCAGGAACUAGCGGUGCCACCAGCUCCUCCUACACCGAGCUUCCCACCACGUGGACACACAGCCUCUCCACGCCUGUAUCCACGAGGGAGAGUCUCCAGUCCACCAGCGAGGCUGCCACUACACAGGUGUCAGUGCCACAGACUGUGACCACCUCAACAGACAGCCUGGGGGCCAGCACACCUUCCUAUGAGGCCAGUGCUUGGGGGCCCACAGCCUGGCAGACAAAUCCUGCCUCUUCCUCCUCCAACUCAACAGUCCCACCAUCCAGCACGCAGAACACCACCUCUGGGCUGGAAUCCCACUCCUCUCCCUCAGGCCAGUCCACCACUGCUCUGGCGCACACCUCAAAUACAGGGGACUCCAGGAUGUUCAAAUCCACACCCACAUUCACGGGGGUCUCUGAGUCAGACAUGGAGACCCAUUCCCUGGGGACCUCGGCAUCUGCCCAGACCACACAAGCAGGGGAGACCAGCUCGACUGCACACACA